UAUCCUCAACAUCUAAACCUCCGCUAUGUUGAGGCACGUUCGCUGGUUUGUACGAAGACAGUGCCAUUGUCUUUCGAUCCUGCAAGUUCUGGUAUGGCUCAUGUCCUUUCUGAUGCUGAAGCUGACUUUUAUCGCUUUCAAUGAUUUGUUUACACUAAAGACGGGGAUCAUGAGGAACCUCUUCCCCCAACACUUGUGGUACAUCCCCAGUAUUCUGAAAGCGCCACCCGUCAGGUACCCGGAGGACAGCCUGACCCAGGUGGUGAUAGACACGGCAGACGUGUGCGGUGACCUUGGCCGGUACGACGCCCUCAUGAUGGUUCACACGGCCAACGCCCACUUUGAACACCGCCAGAGUUACCGCGACACGUAUGGGAACGAGGCCUUCACGAGCCCGUACAGGAUUAAGAUGGUGUUUUUCAUGGGACUGCCAGAGGACCAGACCUUAAGUCCCCGGCUGGUUGAGGAGAACUCCCUUCAUGGCGACACGGUACAGGGCAACUUCGUGGACACGUACCAGAACCUGACAUACAAGGCUGUCAUGGCAUUCCGAUGGGUGUCCAAAAAUUGCAAGAACGUCAAGCUUGUUUUGAAGAUGGACGAUGACGUCAUAUUGGAUGUGCAUCGAUUUUUCGAGGAGUUUAAGCUCCCGCCCCCCUACCAACAAGACACCAUCUUCUGCCACCUAUGGAAGAACGCGGAGGUCGAGAGAAAGGGCAAGUGGGGUAUCUCUUACGACGAGUACGCCAGCGACUGGUACCCAGCCUACUGCAGCGGCUUCUUCGUCGUCAUCAUGCCAACUCUCAUGGACGACGUGUACCAGGCGGCCAAGACCACGCCCUUCCUGUGGCUGGAUGACGUGUACAUCUACGGCGUGGUCAGGCAGGAGCUGCACUACAUCCAGAUCAUCAACCUGGACCAGGUGGCCUUCAGGGAGCGGUACUACCACAGCUGCAACAAGGACUACGGCUACAGAUGUAAGUACUGGGCCACGGUGGUCGGAGACUCCACGCCGUUUGUUCCCACCAUGCUAAAGCUGCGGGCAGACAGGGUUCGAGUCCUGGAACUCAACGCCACUGGCACCGUGCCUAGCCGCGUGUACACCCCGCCCAACAUGAUCGGUGACCUUGGCCUUCAGAUGUCAGAGGUCAACCUCAGCUCGACGCAAGCCGUGUGAGUCAGGGGAGACACGUCAGACGGUUCGCUGUGUAUCUGGCAGAUGACGGAAAUAAUUAUUGUGUAGAUGAUUUAAUUAAAUGAAAUAGUUUUCUGAAAGUAUAACAUCAAACCUUACUAUAAUGAUUGUUUAUACUUUUGUAUAAUAAAAGUUUUAUAUUUCUGCAAUAAAAAAUAUAAGUUUAUUAUAUAGAAAAUAUUAUAUAGAAAUGUGUUCAGAUUUCAAUUAAAUGUGUCUUGCUAUUUUAAAAAUUAAUAUUCGUUGAAGUAAUUAUUAGGGGGUCAUCGAGAUAAUUCAGAUUUAAUAUCAAGAUUAAUAAUUACAAUUGUACUACUAUUGUAA